AUGUCCGACAAGCUUCAUAUAGCCGCCCGCGCCGAGCAAGAUCUCAACUCCUAUCAGGCCAAAGAGGGUCUUGGUCCCAAGAUCGCUAAGACUGGUAUCAAUGAAAUGGUGGACAAGGAGUUCCGGAUUCAAAGGGAUUCAGAACUGGCAGGGAAGCUGGCGCCACAGGCAGUAACUGCGUGCCCAUUCCCGAAGACGACGGUAGCAGUCGGGACUACCGUGGUAGUCCACGAAGCCAACGAAAAAGUCAUAAACAAGGCCGUCGUAGCCACCAAAGUCGCAUUCCAAAUAUGGAGAGAUCUAUCUCCUGCCGAGAGAGGUGUCUAUCUGCAAAAGAUAGCGGUAUUGAUUACAGAGACCCAGUCCGAGUUCGCUCGUCUGGAGCCUCUACCGACAGGAAAGGCUAUCUUGAGUUACUUUGACGUAAAAUCUGCCGUGGACACGUUCUCCUACUUCUCCCAGGCCAGCUGGGACAUGCAAGGAUCCUCCAGCUUGAAUACUCCCGGUCAUCUCAACCUUACAGCUAAUCAGCCAUAUGAUAUGAUUCGUCCAUCAUCCCGUGGAAUGUAUCACUUAGGUUUUUGCCCUCGGGAUUGUUCCAACAUUGGAGGCCUGUAA